UUUUGGCCCUAUCUUUCCCCAGCGGUCUAGCUGUAUGCAUGUCGUUCGUUUUUCACGCUCGAAUCACAGUACAGCAGCCGGCAAGCGAUCCGUCUUAGCUGCUCCUCCGCGGCCAAGGUCCACUGCAACUAGUCUUGGUGCAUAACAUUGCGAUACCAACACGAGCAGAUAACCGAAGGAUUAUAAGGCUUGCCAGCAGUCGCUGCAAUCGCCCGAAGAUUCCCAGGUCUCUCGUUUUACGGUCGUUGUCGUAACAGUCGUUUGUUGAAAUGCCUUCUUUCACUCGCGCGGUCGCGCUGCUCCCCGCGCUCUUUUCAACGAUUGCGUAUGCCGUCCAUCCAGUGGAAGUCCGCGGACAGGACUUUGUCGACACCGUCACGAACAAGCGAUUGAUGAUUGUUGGUGUUGACUACCAACCUGGAGGUCAAGGAGCGUACCAGCCCUCGAACAGCGAGGACGCUCUCACAAAUGCCGAUGUCUGUCUGCGAGAUGCUACCCUUAUGCAGAAGCUGGGUGUGAACACGAUCCGUGUCUACAAUCUCGACCCUUCGCUUGACCACUCAAAAUGCGCCUCAAUCUUCAAUGCCGCCGGCAUCUACAUGAUUCUUGAUGUCAACUCGCCCUUGCCAGGAGAGAGCAUCAACCGCGAGGCACCAUGGACUUCCUACAACAGCGAUUACCUUACCCGUGCGUUUGGUAUCGUCGAGAACUUCAAGGGCUUCCCUAACACCUUGGGUUUCUUCUCUGCAAACGAGGUCAUGAACGACCUCUCCACUGCGGAGUUUAACCCACAGUACAUCCGGGCUGUUCAGCGUGACAUGAAGAACUACAUCAAGAACCACGCCGACCGCACCAUCCCAGUCGGCUACUCUGCUGCAGACGUCCGCGAGAUCCUGCAAGACACCUGGGCGUACAUGCAGUGUGUACACGACGAGGAUGCAUCGUCCUCUGACUUCUUUGGUCUCAACUCCUACAGCUGGUGCAAUGGCGACAACUACCAGACUUCCGGCUACGAUAGCUUGGUCGCCAUGUUCAACAGUUCUGCCAUUCCUGUCUUCUACAGUGAAUAUGGCUGCAAUCGUGUUACUCCCCGUGACUUCGACGAGGUUCAAGCACUUUACGGAGACCAGAUGCGAGCACUCUCUGGCGGCCUCGUAUACGAGUACUCCCAAGAGGAAGCGAACUACGGUCUAGUCGAUAUUGACCAAGACGGCUCCGUCAAGCUUCUCAAGGACUAUGACAACCUCCAAAACCAAUUCAACCAGCUUAACGUCAGCUCUCUUGAGCAAGCCAAUCCUCAGUCCACCGAGAUCCAAGCCCCCGAGUGCGACGCGAGCCUCAUAUCCGCGCAAGAUUUUAGCAAAAACUUCACGAUCCCGGCCGUCUGCCCUGGGUGCCAGGACCUCAUUGACAAUGGUAUCGAGAACCCACAGAAGGGCGCACUGGUGGACAUUGGCGACCGAAACGUCAAGCAGGCUGUCUACGGCAGCAACGGUCAGCAAAUCAAUGAUUUGUCGCUCAAUGUUGUAUCGGACGAUGGGUCUAACACACCUGGCGGCGAGAACACGAGCCCUAGUGGCACUCCAAGCUCCAGCGGCGGCAACCCGAGCCAAACCGGGGACGCUGCACAGCCCUCGGAGACGAAAGGAGCCGCCUCGCAAAUUGGUUCCAGCUGUACCGCAGCUCUGAUCGCUGUUUUCGUAUGUGCACUAUUUUUGUAGUGUCCACACAUGUGUAUGGUCGGGCUAGAUGCGCUCGA